AUGAGGGCCGGCGUCCGGGCGUGGAAGCAGGUUUCGCUGCAGCGGCGGGCGUUCUCGUCCUCGGCGCGGAGGCUCGACAACUACGGCUUCAUUGGACUGGGCCAGAUGGGCUACCAAAUGGCCAAGAACCUCCAGGCAAAGCUGCCGCCGAGUGAUACGAUUCGUAUCUUUGAUAUCAACAAGGCCGCGGCGGAGAAGCUGGCGGGCGAGAUGAAGUCGUCGCAGGCCGGUGGAGCUGUUGUCGAGGUUGCGCAAGAUGUUUCCGAGGCUUCCAAGGAUGCGGAUACUGUCAUCACUGUGCUCCCGGAGCCGUCGCACGUCAAGUCGGUCUACGCCUCGAUCCUAGAGGGUGGUCUCUCGGCCCGUUCAAAGCCGCGCAUCUUCAUCGACUGCUCGACGAUUGACCCGUCUUCGUCUCUAGAAGUUGCCGGCUCUGUUGCGAAGCACGACGCACAGUUCGUCGAUGCGCCCAUGUCCGGCGGUGUCGUUGGAGCCACUGCAGGUACCCUGACUUUCAUGUUGGGCGCGCCCUCUUCCCUGGUCGAGCGAAUCGAGCCCAUUCUACUCCGUAUGGGUAAGCGAGUGUUGCACUGCGGUAACCCUGGUGCUGGACUGGCGGCCAAGCUUGCCAACAACUACCUCCUCGCCAUCAACAACAUUGGUACGGCCGAGGCUAUGAACCUUGGUAUCAAGUGGGGUCUGGACCCCAAGGUCCUCGCCGGCGUGAUCAACGUAAGCACGGGCAAGUGCUGGCCCAGCGAGGUGAACAACCCUGUGAAGGGUGUUGUAGAGACGGCGCCGGCCAACCGCGAUUACAGCGGCGGGUUUGGCAUCAGCCUGAUGCGAAAGGAUCUCAAUCUCGCGAUCGCUGCGGCCAAGGAGGCGAACGCAAAGCUGGAGCUCGCGGACGCUGCUAAAAACGUAUACGAGACUGCCGAGAAAGUUGAGAACUGCAAGGGCAGAGACUUUAGUGUUGUGUACAGAUAUCUAGGCGGCAAGGAGUAG